AUGGCGGAGAAGGGCGGGGUUUCCAGGCAUGCUGCACCAACCGUGUUGCACGUAUUGAUUGCCAUGGGUUCCCGAUGGCGCCAGCUGCAGUGCUUGGUUCAGAUAUUUCGCCCAGAGGUUCGCCUGUUGCCAGCUACCUGUCAGUGGCGAAAUCCCGUUAGGUUCUGGCACAACUCUGCUGCCAAUUAUCGCCAGCCGCCAUCCGGCAAUGGACCGGCUCGGGGAAAGAGUGGGGCUGGUACGCUCUCUUCCUGGGGGACGGAAGACAACGAGGAGGGGGACCUGGUAGACAACGACGAUGAAGAAGAAGAAGACCUGGAUGUAGAAGACAAGCUGUUGGAGGAGUCCAGAUUACCGUUUGUCUCGCUGGAGGCCCAAAGAGUGUUUAUUGUACACCCGGCUGUGAAAUGGGGACCUGACAAGCCGAAGCUGACCACAGCUGAAUUGCAGCUAGCUGAAGCUGUUACUCUAAUAAACACCCUUCAAAACUGGACCGUGAUAGAUAAAAUCAUUCUGCCUAUACAAAUUCCUGACAAGAAAUUUAUCUUUCAGAAAGGAAAUUUUCAACUUCUAACUGGUAAGAAUAAAAAAUUAAAGUUUGCCCUUUUAUCAUCUGUCUUCGUAAAUGUAGAAAUGCUCUCUCCUGUAGCUAAAAAAGUAUUGGGAAGUAGCUGGGGUGUGAAGGUUUUUGACAGAUACACCAUUGUCCUUCAUAUUUUCCGAUGUAAUGCUCAAACAAAGGAGGCAAAACUCCAGAUAGCUUUGGCUGAACUGCCACUUCUAAGAACCAAUGUGAGAAAUGAGGUUGCUCAAUUAGAUCAACAGAGGGGCUCAAGAUACAUUAUGGGAUCAGGUGAAACUUUCAUGGAAAUUCAGCUUCGUCUCUUAAAAGAAAAAGAAGUUAAAAUUCAAAAGGCUCUAAGGAAGCAAAAAAAUAGAAGUUUACUCAGAAAACAACGGAAGAAGUAUGAAUUUCCAAUUAUUUCAGUAAUGGGCUAUACUAAUUGUGGGAAAACCACUCUAAUCAAGGCCCUCACAGGAGAUGCAAAGCUACAGCCUCGAGAUCAACUUUUUGCCACAUUGGACAUUACAGCACAUGCUGGCUACCUGCCAUCUCGAUUGACUGUUCUGUAUGUUGAUACCAUUGGAUUUCUCUCUCAGUUGCCCCACAAUCUUGUUGAAUCGUUUUCAGCUACAUUAGAAGAUGUAGCCUGCUCAGAUUUGAUUCUUCAUGUGAGAGACGUUAGCCAUCCAGAAACCAGCCUCCAGAAGAAAACUGUAUUAUCAGUUCUCAAGAAUCUUAAUAUUCCCAAUCAUCUACUUGAAUCCAUUAUUGAAGUACACAACAAAGUUGAUUUAGUAGAUAGGAUUCUACCUAAAGAAACAAAUGCUAUAGUCACUUCAGCUCUCCUUGGACAUGGUUUAAAAGAGCUGAAAGAAGAAAUUGAGGAAAGAGUUUUGAAAGGAACUGGGAAAAAAAUUAUGACAAUUAAAAUCAAUUUAUCUGGACCGCAGCUCAGCUGGCUGUACAAAGAAGCAGUAGUACAAGAAGUUGAUGUUGCUCCUGAAGAUAAUACAGCUAAAGUAAGGGUCAUUAUAAGCGACUCUGCCCUGUGGAAAUGCAAACGACUAUUUCCUCAGUCUAGUUAUUUGUCUUGAUAGCCACAACCUGUUUGCUUCUGGGAGAAAGAUCCUCCAGCAAUUUUUUAAGAGACAAGAGCUCCAAUCACAGUGAUGAGACUGUAGACACAACAUUGACUCCAGUGGACUUAAAAAUUAAUGUAAACAUGGUUAAUAAAAAUGUUACUCCUGCUAUAAAGCUUCUCAGCUCUUCAACACUGAGUUAGUGAUGACAAUGAGAAGAAAGCUGUUCCAGGUCAAUUUUAAAUAUUUGUACAGGGAGUAGUUAUUUAUAUGCGACAAUUAUAUUUGAAUAGAGGUUGAGGUGUUUCAUUUAUUAAAUUCACAUGCCACCCAUCUCAUUGUCAGGCAAUUCUGGGCAGCUUGCAACAUCAUAAAAACAUUAAAUACAUGUUUUAUACAGCAAUGUAAAGCAUUUAAACAUUGGGCAUUAGCAUGAAACUGGGUAAACCAACAAUCUGGGGUGUAGAUGAGAUUCUCUUCUUAAUCUCCUAACAACCUAUAGCGGGGGAAUCUCCAUCAGGGCCCCAACUAAUUGGCAUAGCCAGGUUUCCAGCCCUUUCACAAGACCAAGAGAGUUAGAGUUAGUUUGCUUAAUGCUGGAAAAUAUAAUAUAUAAAUAUAACGUCAUUUGGAGUCUCUUCAACUGUUGGAAUAAUGUGUGAUUGCUUUACAUGAGAUGCAGAGUCUUAAAACAAAAAAAUAUAUAGCUGAAAAGGAGAAAAAAAUAAGCAGCUCAACCAAGAAAAGCACAGCUCAAAUGGAAAUAUCUAGGACAUUAUGCUGUAGGCUUAUCCACAUAGGUUGGAGGUCUCAAUGCAUAAUAUUACCCUUUAGUUUAAUUCUAUUUUGGGGGUACAGAAUUUGUUGCUGUCACUCCUGCUACAGGUAUUGUGGAAGAUUCUCAGAGCAAACAUCGCAGCAAACAAUUAUUUGGGAUGGUAGAUCAAGAAAGUGGCAGAGAGGGUGCUAUUCACAGUCCACUUCCCAUUCCUAAUUCAUCGCCUGUGAAAUAAGAUAGUAUGCAACCUCAUAAACCUCAGCCAUCAUGAAACAUUUUCCUUUCUCCAGCACAGUUAAGUCCUGAUUCUUUGUUCUUUCAAACAAAAUUCCCAGGGCAGUGCUGAACUAGACUUGGAGAGAACAAGAUUCUAGGCUAUUCCCUCAGCUAUGGAAAUUUUAUUGACCUUGAUCCAGCCCCCCACUCUUCACCCACUGAAAAUUUAAACCACUGAAACCCAUAUAACAUAAUGGCAUGACUUCCAGAGUUCCAGGUGCAGCUUCAGCAUUCCUCCAGAAAUCACUACUGAAUCAUUAUGUUUCACUGCUCUACAAAAGGAAAAUGAUUAAAUGUACAAGAAGUAAUAAUAUGAACUUUAGCUAAUGCAAUAUUAAUACAAAUUAAUUGGUUUUAAAUGUGGCAUUUAUCCUGGUACCAACUCUGGGCAGUGUUAUUCACAGUAUAUCACUCCAAAAACCAAUUGUGAUCUUGAACUGAAAAGU